UCUACAAUAAAAACUACUUGCAAGAUAGACGCUCAUCGUGCAUCCUUCCUCUUCUUCUUCCUCCUUCAAAUUAAGAUAACAUGCACUUCUUUCAGCCCACAAGCCCGAGUUGCCAAAAAUACUUCCCCGAGCUCGGUCUGGUAGAAAACGAGCCACUUCCGAUCAAACCAAUAGAAUCAGUCUCUCGUUUGGCUUCGGAGAUUAUUCAAUUUGCGCAAAUGAGGAAUGUGAGUAAUGACAGAGGAUUAGGUUCUUUGAUUGGGUAUGAUGGUUUCAGCGGUGGAGUUCGCGGGAAAAGAACUCUCGGGUUUGCUCGAACUGCAAGGUUGAAAACUCUUCAGGCUGAGAGUGAAGCCGAGAAAGAGGAGAAGGCUUUGAGUGAGGAGAAAAAGGCAAUGAACGUGAAGAAAGAGAGAGGGAGGAAUUCUUGGAAUGAGACGCCUAAAUUCCUUCUGGCAGGUGCAGUAUCAACAGUUAUUUCGAGGACAUGUGUGGCACCCUUGGAGAGAAUAAAACUCGAGUGCAUUGUCAAAGGAUCAAAGCACACAUGGUUAAAGGUUAUAAAAUGGAUUUGGGUUACAGAAGGACUGAAAGGAUUUUGGAAGGGAAACAUGAUAAAUCUUUUCAGAAUGGUGCCCUUCAAAUCGAUCAACUUCAUUCUCUAUGAUAUGUACAUCGCUCAUCUCCUCAGUGUUCCAGAAAAGAAAGAGAUCACGAAUCAUGACAGACUCGUCGGCGGUGGCAUCUCUGGCAUCAUCCCGACUGUGAUUUGUCUUCCCCUUGACACCAUUCGAACAAGGCUAAUGGCUCAGGGAGGUGAAGCUUUAGGCAGUAUCGGCGACUGCUGCUUCCAAAUGGUAAAGAAUGAAGGCUUCAUCUCUCUAUACAAAGGCUUAACGCCUGCACUCAUCAGCAUGGGACCCGCAAGUGCUGUAUUCUAUGCUGUGUAUGAUAUCCUUAAGAGUGCGCAUCUCUCACAUAAACAAAGGGAGGGAGAUGAUAACAAGGAGUUAGGAGUAGUAAGAACCUUGAUCUACGGUGCACUUGCUGGUGCUUGUGCUGAAACAGUCACAUAUCCUCUUGAAGUCAUAAGGAGGCAGCUUCAGCUUCAGCAAUCAGCAAGAUUAGGCUUGAUAUCAGUUUUCGUUAAUAUAACAGAGAGAGAUGGACUCGCCUCAUUGUAUGCUGGCUUGUUUCCUAGCACACUCCAGGUAUUGCCCUCAGCAGCAUUGAGCUAUCUGUUUUAUGAGGUGAUGAAGUCAAUCUUAAAGAUCAAUUAGUCAGAACACCAGCCUGCAAUACUAACUUCUUCCUCAUUCCGGUUCAGUAGUUGCGAAUAAAGUUGAUAAAGUUCAGGCAAUAAAUUUGAAGCUCGGUCGAAAUUUGCGAAUAAAAUUGAAAAAGUUAACAGGAUUUAAAAUCCCGUGAAGUUAUGUCCUUAAUUAAUUAGCACUAACCAAAAUUCUUGGCUCGGACAAUAAAGUGCUACUAAACUUCACGGGAUUUUAAAUCCCAUGAAUUUUAUAUUAAACAAAUUUCAUAAAAGAAGUAGUUAUGUGCAAUGGGUUUAGUGGUUAUAACAUUAGCUUGUAAGUAAGACUUGGAUGAUUCCAUGAAUUUUAUAUUAAACAAAUUUCAUAAAAUAA